CUCCCGUGAAUGUAACCUCGCGCACAACAAUGAGGAAGUGUUAGAAUGGGAAGGUGCUGAAUCACUACAUAGAUUUACUCGAAUAUUGUCAUGCUGGGACUUAAAAUAGAUACUAUGACUAAUGUUUCUCAUUUUGCAAUGAAAAAACCUUUAACCUUUUCUAACACCUUGUAAAAGGCAUGUUUUAUUUAAUCUUUGUAGUGUACAUAUUGUCAGCCACACAUACUGUGUUUUCUGAAUCAGGGUCGCACUCGCUAUGGGUCUUUGCUACAUUUUUGACUGGAGAAAGUUCAGCGCCGUUCUCAGAGUUCACUGCUGUUAUUAUGCUGGAUGAUAUUGUCAUCGGUCACUAUAACGCAGAUGAGAGAAGUUUUGUCCCGGCGACGGUGCAAGAAUCCGUUAAUGUCACGGAGCAAAUGACUAUAUCAACAGUCUGUAAAGGCAUACACGAGGGCAUGAAAACCAAAGCAUACUACUUAAUUGAUUACCUAAAUUAUACAAAAGGCCUUCAUGUGCAGCAGAGGCUGGUUGGAUGUGAACUUCUCCGUGAUGAGGCUGGCCGAAUGAUGACGCUGGAGGCCUUUAAUGGCGAGAGUGGCUUUGAACGACGCUAUAACGUUCAAGGAGACCAGCACACUGACUGGAAAUGGCCUGUCAUAAAGAGUAGGGCACAGCUGGAGUACGACGCGUGGCUCUAUGCCCACUUCUACCGCCCCUUGUGCAUUAGUCAGCUUAGGAAAUAUCUAAAAAAGGAGCAGAAGCGUGUGAUGGCAAAAGUAAAGCCCAGAGUGAGAGUGAUUAAACGCUAUUGUAGGGAGGCAGGUGCAGUUCAGAUGACCUGCCUGGCAACUGGUUUUUACCCACGUCACAUUAAUCUGACCCUGCUUCAAGAUGGCCAGCCAGUUAAUGAAGAGAAGAUCACAGUAGGUGAACUGCUGCCCAACCCUGAUGGAACCUAUCAGAUGAGGAAGAGUGUGGAACUCAGCGCCGAGGAACAAAGAGAAAAACACACCUACACUUGUACUGUAACUCACCUUAGCCUGGAUAACAAGCUUGACAUCAGUAUAGAACCUGGUCCUGAUCCUGUUAUUAUAGUUCCCUCUGUACUUCUAUUGCUGUGUGUUUUUGGAUUUCUGGCUGCCUUUAAAAUAUGGAGGAGGAGAUAUGCACAGCCUGAGCAGAUCAUCUACAUACCUGCCUCAGCAGCUGAUGACCAAACAACAGAACAACUGCAGAUGUGACAUGUAAAGUGGCACCAAAUUAUCUGUUCGCAUUUACAGACGGGAAGCAUUUUGUAGUAUUUAUAAACUGACUGAACUGAAAAAGCUUAAUCAGUAUUUAAAAAUAAAUAAAUAAAAAUCUUAACAUCCUGU